UUUGCGCUCUCUUCGCAAGAUAUAGCCUUGUCCGAAAAAGGUAAAAAUCCCUCCAUUUGCAUUUUUUCGGCGUCAAGACCUUGUGUAGUAUAAAGGUGGAGAAUAUUUUGCCUCGUUCGAUCAGUCACGUUUUUUUUCGUUGGGACGAAAGUCGUGUGUCUCAUCGCCGUCACUUAUAAUAGAUUCGAGAUUCAACAGAGAUCUUCAAAGUGUUGGAGUUGAUUCUUGUUUCUUUGCAAUUGUAUGCGCGUGUGUGAACGAAGGUAUCUAUCUGACGAAUUAUCACAAUGAGACUGCUGUUGCUAAUUUUUUUCUGCUGGGACGCUGUUAUUUUUGCUCAAGGCAGCGAUAAUUUUUACUUUCCUGAUCAGCUCCCAGCGAAGGCAGACGCAUCAAGCCAUGCAUGGACCGACGGAGGUAAUGCCCAUGCAACCAGUAAUGCUGCGGCUAAUGUCGGUCAUGUCAGUCCACUUAAUAACCCUAUUAAAUCGCAUGAGCCGAUAUUCGAACCAUUCAUUGGUGGUCAUGAUAACCAUGGAGGUCAUGUUGUUGGCGGUGAUAUCAAUCAAUUUCCAUCCAACAGACCGGGACACUUACCUAGUGGUGGCUAUGAUGGUCACGAGUUUGGCGGUGGUUUUAAUCGAUAUCCGCCUAAUCAAACAACACAAUUACCUAGUGGAGGCCAUGGUGGUCACGAGUUCAAUGGAAAUUUCGAUCAAGGAUACUCAACAAGGCCGAUUAAUCCAUCAUUCCAAUCACACCCAUCAUUCAAUGGUGGUGGUCAAUCAAACGCACAAGCAAAUGCUAAUGCCGAAUCAAAUUCUGAAGGUGUCGGCAAUUCGAAAUCAACCUCCAACGCCCAAGCGAGUUCGCAGAACUUCGCCAACGGCAAUAUCAUUUCCAACGCUAUUUCCAAUACUCAGACUAAUGGACCGAACGGAGAAGCGUCUGCUUCGGCUGCUGCUGCUGCCGCUGGUGUAACAUACGUUAAUGGUAUUCCCGUUGCCACUGCUUCAGCUGCUGCAUCUGUUGCUUCCACUGCACCAGGUGCUGGUGCAAUCUCAUCUUCAUCAAGUUCGGGCCCACAACAAAUCGGACCAAACUUUAACAGCGGUUUCAACAGCUAUCGGGAACCAUACUACGGAAGGGCACCGUAUCCUGGUCUCAACAAUAGACCGAACAAUGGACCUAAUAAUAUUUAUGAUAAACCUGUAGGACAACAGUCAUGGUUCUACAGAAGUGCAUGGGACAAAAAUGACGAUGAGAUCGAAGCACAUUCUAUAAAAGUCGAUCAAAGUGAAACUGAUAGAAUUUCGAAAAGUCCGGAUAUUGAGAAUGUGACUGUUGUCAAAAUUCCAGAAUCCAAAAGUGGUAUUGUUAUUUUUAAGGACUGAGCGAGUCUGAAUGGUUAAUUGACAUAGACUGCACAUAGAAUGUAGGCCAUAAUAAUUAUGCAUUUAUCGUUUUUGUUCAUCAGAUUGAUUCGACUGGAAUGUAUGAAUGCGUUUUGUAUGUGAACAUGUAUGAUUGUAUGAAGGCAUAAAGUAUUAUGUUUAUUUAUAUAUCAAAAUUAAUCAGUGAUUGUUAAAAUAUCUUUAGAACUCAUUGUCAUAUGAAAUGAAUUAUGAUGUUAUAUUGCUGUCAAGGUGAUAUUUAUUGUUUUUAACUAAUGGGUUACUUACCUCCUUCCUAAUUGAUCAUAAAGAUCAUUAGAUUGAUAAUUCGAAAUAACUUCAUGAGCCAAAAUACCAACCCUUUAUUAAAGGCAAGUACACUAAAGAUUUUAAUCGAGUAUUGAUUCAGUAAUAUAAUUAUUUUACUGUCAGUUAUGAUGACUAUUUUUACUUAAUUGAUGAAUUAAAAGGUAAAAAAAUGUAACGACAAAAUUCUGUCUGAAAUUAUCUAAAGUUAAUUAUUCUCUAAAAUUUUAAUGAAAAAUUGUAAAACCACAAUUAAAUAUUAUUGCAUCGUGAAAAAAAUAAUAUAGAAAAUACUAAAAAUAAAUAAAAAUUAAUCUACCUUUUGAAAAAUUUGCGUCAAAAAAUUAUCACAAAAAAUUUAUAUAAAGUAUAUCAUAAAUUAAAA